AUGGCUUCCUUCGUUGGAACUAGUUUCCUUCCUCUGUUUCAUUCUCAGUAUAAGUAUUGCUGCUUCCCAAGUAUCUCAAACAUCACCACCAAAGUCUCAGCUACAAUCCCACAGAGGAUAAACCUAGUGAUAGCUGCUGCAGGAGACAAUGCUGGUGAGGAGGAGGGCACAAUGGUGAAGAAAAGCUACGAAACAAACCAACAGUUGCGGAGAUCUCUCAAUUUCUCAGGAGAGAAACCAUCCACCCCAGUUUUGGACACCAUAAAUUACCCAAUCCACAUGAAGAACCUAUCCAUUCAGGAACUUGAGGCGCUAGCAGAUGAACUCCGUGAAGAGAUUGUUUAUACAGUGUCAAAGACUGGCGGGCAUUUGAGUUCAAGCCUAGGUGUGGCUGAGUUGACUGUGGCACUUCACCAUGUAUUCAACACACCUCAAGACAAGAUCAUUUGGGAUGUUGGUCAUCAGACCUAUGCUCAUAAGAUUUUAACUGGAAGAAGGUCCAAAAUGCACACAAUUAGACAGACCGGUGGGCUUGCAGGAUUUCCAAAGAGGGAUGAGAGUGUUCAUGAUGCCUUUGGAGUUGGUCAUAGUUCCACUAGCAUUUCAGCUGCCUUAGGGAUGGCAGUUGCAAGAGACUUGAUUGGAAAGGACAACCAUGUCAUUUCAGUAAUUGGUGACGGAGCCAUGACGGCUGGACAAGCAUACGAGGCAAUGAACAACGCUGGUUUUAUUGAUACCAAUCUUAUUAUCAUCUUAAAUGACAAUGAACAAGUUUCUCUUCCCACUGCAACCGUUGAUGGCCCAGUUCCACCGGUUGGAGCUCUUAGUAGAGCCCUGGCAAGACUGCAAACUAAUUCUAAGUUCCAUCAACUACGUGAAGCCGCAAAGGGCAUAACGAAGCAAAUUGGAAGCCAAGCACAUGAAUUUGCAUCUAAAUUGGAUUCCUACAUGAGAGGGAUGCUAGGUGGUUCUGGUGCUUGUUUUUUUGAAGAGCUUGGGCUCUUUUAUAUUGGCCCGGUAGAUGGCCAUGAUGUGGAAGACCUUGUGCAGAUCCUGAAAAAUGUAAAGGCCAUGCCAACACUGGGACCUGUUCUCAUUCAUGUUAUCACUGAGAAAGGAAAAGGCUAUCGUCCAGCUGAAGUUGCGCCUGACAAGAUGCACGGUGUUGUGAAAUUUGAUACUAAGUCAGGGAAGCAGAUGAAGUCCAAAACAAGUACGCGUUCUUACACAGAAUACUUUGCACAGUCUUUGAGUGCAGAGGCAGAAGCUGAUGAGAGAAUCGUUGCCAUCCAUGCAGCAAUGGGAGGUGGUACUGGUCUUAACUUGUUCCAAAAGCGCUUCCCGGAUAGAUGUUUCGAUGUUGGGAUAGCAGAACAACAUGCUGUGACCUUCGCUGCAGGCCUAGCUGCUGAAGGCCUUAAACCCUUCUGCGCAAUUUACUCUUCCUUUCUACAAAGAGGUUAUGAUCAGGUAGCACAUGAUGUAGACAUUCAAAAGCUUCCAGUAAGAUUUGCGUUAGACAGAGCUGGCCUAGUUGGUGCUGAUGGUCCAACUCACUGCGGAGCCUUUGACACAACGUUCAUGGCUUGUUUGCCAAACAUGGUGGUUAUGGCUCCUUCAGAUGAGACUGAACUGAUGCACAUGAUAGCCACAGCUGCAGCCAUAGAUGACAGGCCUAGUUGCUUUAGGUACCCAAGAGGGAAGGGUAUAGGCUCCAUUCUUCCACCUAACAAUAAAGGCACGCCACUUGAGGUCGGUAAAGGAAGGGUUUUAAAGGAGGGAAGCAGGGUCGCUCUUGUUGGUUAUGGAACAAUGGUCCAAAGCUGUAUGGCAGCUGCUGAGGUUCUUGAAGCUCAUGGUAUCUCAACAACCGUGGCUGAUGCACGGUUCUGUAAGCCUCUAGAUGGAGAUUUGAUGAGGCAACUGGCUAGAGAGCAUGAAAUUCUUAUCACAGUUGAAGAGGGAUCUAUUGGAGGAUUUGGUUCUCAUGUUUCUCAUUUUCUAGCCUUGAAUGGACUACUUGAUGGUAAUCUAAAGUGGCGAGCCAUGACACUGCCUGACAGAUACAUCAACCAUGGAUCUCAGACAGAUCAAAUUGAAGUAGCAGGGCUCGGUUCGAACCAUAUCACAGCUACUGCUUUGUCAUUAACGAAUGUGCAAUGGGACAGUCGUCUGCUUCUUAGCCUACGGAUAUAAUUCUUAAC